AUGCAAUAUUUUUUAUUUGAAGGUUUUACUGUUUGUGCUACGGGUACGCCAUCGAUUCCAUCACGUUACUUAACGAUUAUUUCAAGUAAUACUGAAAAAAGAGGCUUUCAACAAACUGCUAAACGUUUUCAAUAUGAUAUUAAUUUUACACCUGGUCCUGGACAAUAUCAAACAAUUCAACCUUUAGAUAAACAAUUAGAAAAAACCUCAGAUUCAAAAAAAGGUUCAGGUGGAUUCGCUUCAAAAAGUAGACGAGAAGGUUUUAUGAGUGGUGCAUCAAGUGCUCCAGCACCCACUACUUAUAAUGUUUCGAGCAACUUUACUAAUGAUCAUCGUGAUUUUAAUCGAGCGAAAUAUUCAAGUAUGUUUCAAAAACCAAUUGCUGAACGACCUUUAUCGUCAAAAUCAACCCUUCCAGCUCCCAAUCAAUAUGAUAUUCGAGAAGGAUUAAAACAAACAACAAAAUCAAAUAAUGUUUCAGCUCAAGCAGCUUUUCGAUCACAUACAAAACGAACUGUUCCAAUGAAUAAACAUUUUAUUACACCUGCUCCUGGUACAUAUAAUUUGGAUGAUUCUACUAAACGACCAUUAGGACCUGCUCAUCAAUCAAGCUUUAAAUCAACUUCAAAACGUGAUACAUUCGACUAUCAAUCAGGCGUUCAAUUACCUGGUCCAGCUGAUUAUCGACCAUUUGAGAAACCAACAGAAGAACCUCAUCGACAAUUACUACCACGUCGUCAUUAUUUGACAAUUUCUGCAGCAGCUGUUCCUGUUCCUCCUGAAGCUCCAUAUCCUGGUCCAGGUCACUAUGAACUUCGUGAUUUUAAAGAAGUUGAAAAGAAAUAUAUGUCAUCGGCUGCAUUUGUUUCAAAUACAAGUCGAUGGACUAUUAGUACAAUGGCAGCAACUGGACAACCUGGUCCAUGUACAUAUACGCCAAGUGUACCUCCAAAACAAUCAUUUAAUUUUAAUUUUGAACGAAAAUGGAUUUGA